UCUAAUCCAACUUAAACAUACAAACACCUAAGUAAUAGAUUUAGCUGUUAAGAGGCGCGCCGAUCCAUCGCAAUCCAAAUCGUUCAAAGGUAUUUUCGUAAAGAAAGCCCAGCAAAGUAACUUAGAAGAAAAAGGGAACAGAGCAGUAUAGGAAAAUAGAGCAUAUAUAACUCCCUGUUACUCUAGGAUACUACUAUUUAAGCUAAAAAACGAUGUACAUUUAAUGAGAUAGGUUAUUGAACUAUAAACAUUACUGGUGAGCCAGUAAACAUAAUCAGAGAACAAAGAUCAGACUCAAGAGGCAUACCAUAGCAGUCAGGCGAUAGUAAGGGAACAAGGGAACCAACGUCACAAUACCGACGUAACACUGUAUAUAGGCAACACACAAACGUAAACCCAAUCUCAAACUCAAGCCGUAGAAGUUAUCGCAAUGAACGCGCGAUCGCAGGUUUUUGAUCUGACCAUGGAGGGUCGUCAGGUGGACGAGGCGGUGGCCACCAUUUUUCACACCGUCCUCUUCCACCGCUGCCUGGGCAAGUAUAUGUACACGGGCGACGCCCAGUAUUCGAUUGGCACGGUCGGCUACACGGACGUCGAUUGCAACUUCAUCGACUUCACCUACGUGUGCUGCACCUCGGACAGCUUGACACACAAGGUGAAGCGGGCCAUCAACUCGUUCAGCGAGAAACUGCGUUCCAACGAGAGCUGUGGCUCCGGCCAGAUCAGCCUGGAGUUCUUCCAGAAAAAGAAGAACCGCUGGCCCUUCCCGCAGGAGUCGAUCCCAUGGGAGGUGUGGACCGUGCACCUGGAUCUGAUCAAGCACGAAAACGAGGAUGAGAGGCAGCUGUGCCGCGAGAAUGUCUCCGAUCUCCUGACCGAAAAGGUCAUAUACAUCACUGAGCUGAUGAAUCGGCACGACUACGUGCCCAAGACGCCCAGCCAGAGCGAACUGGACCUGAUCUUCGACACAUCCUUUCCGGACGUGCAGCCGUAUUUGUUUAAGUUUGACUACUCCACCUCGGGCUCGGCUGCUCCCUCCAUGGGUAACGCCAUGAAGAAGAUCAUCAAAGAAACGCUCGCAAUGUGACGGGCUGGCGGGGGAACGCAAAUCCUCCCAUCAUUGUGUAGUUUUGGUGGCCACUACUUAGUUUCUCGCGAGUUAAUUUAUUAGUAUAUUCUUUUUUUUUCAAUCUUCUACGCCUGGUGUUUCGUUGCCCAUGACCAAGGUUGGGUCAUAGACAAGGGUGAUAGGAUGAAACGCGAAGUGAAUAAUUGUUUAUGGCAAAUGACACGUCCCUGCUGAACUAGAUCGUUUAACAUAUAGGCUUCGUCUUAAUUGUUCUGCCUUAAUACUUUUAGUUGUUAUCAUUGCUUUAGAUAUUCACAAGGUUCCAUUGACCACCGCUUAACCCACGAGCAUGCUGGACUUACAUGUCCUCGGCAGGAUUUAAAAGCAGGAGGGAGAUUUGCAUAGAUGUAGAUAGCCAUUAGCUAUCCAGAUCCCACCAAAUGUAUAAGCUAUAUCCCCUUCAUCAUCCAUGCAAAACGUUCCAAAAACAAGCUUUGAGCUCCACUAGCAAGCAGUUGCUGUCAGCCGAGCAAAUAUACUUUGUUAAUUAUAUUUUAAUCGCCAAUGUAAAUAACGAAAACGAUGCAAGCUAUGAAAUUGUGCACGGUGUGCGAGAGAAGAAUCGAGCUGAACAGAAGAAAAGCAAGCAUUAACGAAUUCAGAAACCAUCUAAAACCUAAUGUUUAGAUCGUGGCAAGUAGCGAUGAGGCGGUAGAAAUGUAUGUAUAAAAGAUUGUGAUUGUACUUGUAGUGAUUAAACUAUAGUACGGACUCCAUGUACCCAUGGAUAUCCAAUAUGUAGACAUGUAUGUAUGUAUAUCAAUGUUUAUCUAUAUGUCCAAACUAUAAAAGUAAUCGAUAAAUGUACUUUACGACUUAACUAAUAUUGUAAAAUCGAUUUAAGCGGAAUAAAUCCUUUGAAGCACACGUUCAAAGUAGAAAUGUAA